AGUGGGGAUGGGAACAUGCCCCGGCCCUUGGGCCCUGGCGCGUCCCGGUGGCCGGGGUGCCCCGCCCCGGGCUCAUGGCCCCCGUGCCCCCAGAAACUGGAGGAGCAGGACCGCCGGGCGCUGAGCAUCAAGGAGCAGCUGCAGCGGGAGCACGGCUUCCUGAAGCGGCGCCUGGAGCAGCUGUCGGCGCAGAGCCUGGAGCGCGUGCGCACGGACAGCACGGGCUCCGCUGUCUCCACCGAUGACUCGGAGCAAGAAGUGGACGUGGAGGGCACGGAGUUUGGCACCGGCGAGCUGGACAGUGUUGGCAGCGGCAGUGACGUGGACGACCACUACAGCCUGCGUGGCGGCUGCAGCCACGGCAGCUACGGGCCCCCCUGCAGGCGGCCUGGCCGCCCCGGCCUCUCGUAGGCCCUGCCCUCUGCUCCUCGGCCCGCCUGCCCGCCCAGCCGAGCGUGUCAACCCUCCGGUCCUCGAAGUCUCUCCACGGGCCCACUGCUGUGCCAUCCUGGAAGCUCCGGCUGCCGCCUGGGCUGCCCGCCUCCGCCCGCCUGCCGGUCAGGGCCUGCCGCGCCGCCCGCUCCGCCCACCCAGGCAGGGACCCCUACGGGGAGGCGGGGCCCAGCUCCCACGUCCCGGAGCCCAGCAUAGCCGCCCACGGUCUGUUCUCAGAUUCCUAAUCAUUCCAGAAGUAUUAAACAUCGUUGCUGCAAACCUC